GAAUAUGCAAGCCAAUGCAACCAAAUGGGGGGACCUUCACGAACAAAUGCUGCUCAAUUUCUGUCCAACAGAACUCCGCGGCUCUUUUUCACACUCUCUGUUAUGGAGGAUCAUGGUUCGAGGAAAAGACCCAGGGUGUGAAAUGGCAGGGUUUGGAGCCCCAUUCACCCUUUACGAAGGCAAAAUGUGCAAAUCGGCUGCUAUCUCAGCUUUGAAUCAAAACAUAUCCACAAGCUCAUCGAAAAGCGUUAUUUCUGAAGCCACUGUGUGUUGCAUAGCACUACUACUGUUAGGCGCUUCUAUAGAUGGUCAUCUUUUGAACGAAGUGCAGACUCACAGACAAGGUUUAUCGAAAAUAAUAGCUCUUUAUGGGGAUAUGGAAGCUAUUUACCCGUCUUUGAUGGGAUUCUUCCAGUUAGUGGAUGUCAAAUCUAGCCUUGCGCAAAGAACUACGCCAAUAUUUCCACUUCCUCCCAGGCUUCACCGGCAAUUUGCUCUUCACUCUCAAGCUCCACCAGCCAUACCAAGUAACUGUUCAUCCAAACUGGGAACUUCUUUCUUCGACACCAAACUCGCUGGUAGAAUUUCACCAGCUAUCUACGAAUGCAUCUGUUACACCUGGCAUCUAAUGUUCAUUGUUGAAGACUAUCAUACCAGCAGGAAUUUUGCAGAUCUCUAUGACGUUGACAAUUUCACAACCUUGGGACAUAUUCUCCUUACUAUACCUGCUUCGAGCCAGUGGAUGAACGAUCCAUUCAAUGAAUGUCUCCGAUUAUCAUUGCUCAUCUACGUGAAUACCUCACUCUACAAAACUCCUCUGUUUUUCGGCUGGAUGACAACAAUGCUUUCCGAUUUAAGAAGUUCGUUGUUGCUUUUAGAUCGGAGUAAAAUUCUUUCUGAAACUCCCGAGAUCUACCUGUGGAUGUUGAUCUUGGGUGGUCAUUUGUGUAGUGGUCAGAGGACGGGAAUGGGAUGGUGGAGUUCCAGAUUUCAGGAGAUUACUGAAUAUAUGGGAGUUGGGAAGUUUGACGAUAUGGUGUCGUUACUUCAAGGCGUUCUCUUCACGGAUAGAAGUGACUCGAAGGCUUGGAGGGGUGUCUGGAAUACCAUGAUGGACUUUUCUGAAGAAGAAUCACUGGAGGGU